GUCGUAUGUAAUUGUAAUGCACGCAUAAUGUGUAAAUGACUGACGGACUUUUCGACAUAAUUGUUACGUAUUCGCAAUCUGCCGCUCGUGUCGGUCGUUGUCGUGAUGCUUCGAACUCGGCGCUAUAGACGUGUAUCGAUUACAAAUGGAGAACUGCUAAUUUAAUAUCGGGAUCGAACGCGGAGCUGUUAUAGUUCCGUGUUGUAUCCGCAUGUUGUGUUUCAGUAAUGUCGAGAAGAGACCGUCGACCGCACGUACGUAUAUUUCUUCCUUGCGCGUGAUUGUUUGUUUUCAAAAAACAACAUGUGGAGCCACGUAUUGAUUUCGAUCGUCGUUCUACUGACGUCCUUGCUUUAUCAUUAUCACUUCAGCGAGCCGGCCAGUAUUAUCGAUCGUCCCGAAACGCAUUACGACUACAUAAUAGUUGGCGCUGGUACAUCUGGCUGCGUGAUCGCGUCGCGGCUUUCAGAAAUAUCGAACGUCACCGUUCUGCUGGUGGAAGCGGGUGGACACUUCGGAUGGCUGUCUACCAUGCCGCUCUUGGCACCGAUGAUGCAAGGCACCGAUGUCGAUUGGGCUUAUAAAACGGAGUCGCAACUCUUCUCGUCCCGAGGACAUCGCCGCUACAAGCAAAAUUGGCCCAGAGGAAAAGGAUUAGGCGGAAGUGGACAGCUCAAUUAUCUCGUUCACUCCUUCGGAAAGUCCGAGGACUACAAGGGAUGGCCGAAAGGCUGGUCGCAUGCUGACUUGCUCCCCUACUUUCAAAGAGUGUCCGAUAGCAUGAACGUUAUCCCGAUGCCGGAAGAAGAAUAUCUGACGAAGGCCUUCGUUCUGGCCGAGGAAUCCUUGAAAUUGGAUAACGUGUCCCUGCGAAAAGCGAUGUACACCGCGAAAAAAGGUUCCAGAUGGAGCACGCAUCACGCUUAUCUGCAGAAGGCUUGGAAUCGCGAGAACUUGCACAUCCUGACGAACACGCUCGUCGCCAAAAUACUCUUCGAGAACAAAAACAUUGACGGCGUCAGAGUCAUAUAUAAAAACGGCUCUGUUGGGAAAAUUCGCGUGAGGAAAGAGAUGAUUCUUUGCGCGGGAACUGUCAACACGCCGCAGUUACUUAUGAUUUCCGGUAUAGGACCUGUCAGCGAACUGGAAAAACAUAAGAUAGCCGCGGUGCAUGAUCUUCCGGGUGUAGGUAGGAAUUUAUUCGAUCAUCUGAACGUGCCCAUUUACGUGAAUCUGAGAGAGCGUGUCAGUAUCACGCUCGUGAAACUGCAAACCUUGCUCGAGGUGUUCAAUUAUUUCGUCUUCGGAACCGGAUGGUUGGCCACUAACGGCGUAAUGGGAUUGGGGCGUGCCAAUAACAGCGGCAUCCUUUUGUUCGGGGUGGCGUCCGCGGAGGAAAAGUUGCUGAAGGUCAUUGCGAAUUUCGAGACCGAGACGUACAGAUCGCUAUUUCCAUCGUACAACGACAGCAUGCACGAGGGAUUCGUUUAUCUGGUGUCGUGUCUGCAACCCAAAAGUCGCGGAAACGUAACGCUGAGAUCGGUCAACAUCCGCGACCCGCCGAAAAUUAAUCCCGCAUAUCUUCAGAAUCCCGAAGACGUAAUGUGCACCCAACAAGGCAUAAACCUCGCGCUGGAGACUCUCAAUACGAAGCUCUUUCGCGAGUACGGCGCGAAGGUACACGUUCCCGAUCUCGAGGAGUGUCGUCACUUGCAACAGGACUAUCGAGACCCAGAUUAUUCGGAAUGCGUCAUAAGAAUCGCAGGAUUCACGGGUUACCAUCCUUGCGGCACAUGCAGAAUCGGCACGGACGUCAAUGCAGUUGUUGACGAGGAAUUGAAGGUAAAGGGCGUUAGGGGAUUAAGGAUAAUGGACGCCAGCGUAAUGCCGUCUCCAAUUUCCGGCACGCCAAACUCAGUCCUUGUCGCAAUGGCCGAGCGCGUGUCAGAUUUAAUUCUGGAUCGAACGUCAAACUGAGAUCAAGUUCAUUUAUCAUAGAAAUUAUGUGCGAUUUGCUAGAAAAAUUAAUAAUAACAAUUCAUUUGUAUGAUAUUAUUUACGAUAUCACUUUGUGCUAAUUCAUCAUUUGAAUGAGAAAAGAGGGCGAAAGGAAGAAGGAUCGCAAAUAAAAACUAUCCAUGGUGCUCCAAGUUUUUUGUAAUUUAUAAUUAAUGGUAAAGUUUUCUUUUGUUUUACAGUAAUCGAACAGUUAUUAAUAGUCUAAUUAAAUUUCGAUUAAUUUUUAUACAAACAAAAAGGGGUGAGUUACACACUCAACGGCAUAGCCACGAAUCCCUGCCACCCCGUCCGCGCUCGGAGUAUAAAGAAAAAAGAAACAUAUUUUUUUUUUUUUUUUUUUUUUUUACACGCUCCCUCCUUAAAGAGGUUUUCUUUCACCCCAGUUCCCGUCCGGGAUCGUCUACGAUGGCAGAGUUUCGACAUUCCUCCUAUCCCAUUUCCGCGUCUUAGCUUCUUUCUCUCACAAACAUACACACAUACAUAAACACAUAUAAACACACACAAACACACACACGCACACACUCUCUCUUUCUCUCUUUCUUUCUCUCCCCCCCUCUUUCUUGCUCUUUCGCGUACAUCCUCAACAAACAUACACACAUACAUUCCGUCAUUUCUCGUAUUAACGCUGAUUUUAUUUCUCUUCAUAUCGAUUUCGUGUUUGUCUCUCAUCGCAUCGAUCGAUUUUCUCUUUCCUCGCAACUUUUGUUCGUAGACACUCUCACACACACUCUCACACGCACACGUACAUAUAUCUGUCGCAUCUUAUAAAUAAAAUAUUUCGUGAUUAACG